AUGGCCGACUCCGGCGCAACCGCAACCUCCAUAGCCACGCCCUCGCACGCGCGCUUCGACAACGACGACUCGCUCAUGCUGGCUGAAUUCGGCCUGCCUGAACUUCGAGCCUCUCCGAAUGCGACUGGGACUAGUCCUACGAAUAUUAUGGGCUCGUUUUCCGACUUCGACAUGACGUUUGCGCAGAGCCAAGGAUUCGCGUCCAAUUUCGAUGGCAUACAACCAAAGAUUGAGGCUGGAUACGCGGACCACAGAGGCAGCGUCGGCAACAUGAGCGAAGAGGGUAUGAGUGGUGGCGGGAGUGCGCAUCCAAAUCGGAUGAGCAUUGGAGGAAGCCCCGGCCGCGACGAAAACAACACCAGUCCCGAGAGCGCACCUGCCAUGGGUAUGCUCGCAAUUGGAGACUCAAUGAACGAUGCUUCGGCACAUGCCAUGAACAGCGGCAAUGACGGCACAAACCAUUCGACCACAUCGCGAAGGAGCAAGGACGAUGUGCAUGAUCCGCCACUUUGGAGCGAAAUGAAGACAAAGGCUGGUAAGGAGAGGAAAAGGCUGCCUCUCGCUUGCAUCGCAUGUCGGAGGAAAAAGAUUCGCUGCUCAGGCGAGAAGCCAGCCUGCAAACACUGCCUGAGGAGUCGGAUACCAUGCGUCUACAAGGUCACCACUAGGAAGGCUGCACCGAGAACGGAUUAUAUGGCGAUGCUGGACAAGAGGCUUAAGCGCAUGGAGGAUCGUGUCAUCAAGCUGAUACCAAAGGAAAGCUUACCUUCAGUUGCGAAUGUGGGCAGAUCCGUCGUUAAGCCCGCUAUCCCCGGCGCCCCACCCAAAACACCCACCACGAAGAAACGCGCUGCAGAAGAAGCCUUUGGCAACGAGUUGGACGAAUGGUCGAAAGCAAAGGGAGGAGACCCGGAAAUCGCUGGGUCGGCAUCGCACGGCAAGGAAUCAGAUGAAAGCAAGCUUCUCACGGAAGGCGCGGAGAGCUUGCCGUCGAAAGAGAUCCAAGAACACUUGGCUGAGGUGUAUUUUGACUUUGUCUACGGACAAAGCUAUCCACUCCUGCACAAGCCGAGCUUUAUGCGAAGACUAGCAGCUGGGAAGGUUCCGCCGGUACUAAUACUAGCAAUGUGCGCCAUAUCGGCACGAUUUUCGAAUCACCCACAACUACGGACAGAGCCAUGCUUCUUGCGGGGCGACAGCUGGGCUGAACGAGCGCGCGAGAUUGCCCUAAAAAGAUACGACGCGCCGAACAUUACCAUCCUGAUAGUCUACCUGUUGCUAGGGCUUCAUGAGUUUGGCACCUGUCAAGGCGGACGAAGUUGGAUGUUUGGUGGCAUGGCGCAGAGGAUGGCAUACGCACUACAACUGCACAAGGAGAACGAAUACGACCCGCUGGUCAACGAGCCAGACAGGAAACCCCUGAGCGCUACUGACCGCGAAAUACGGCGGCGGACCAUGUGGUCUUGCUUCCUGAUGGACCGUUUCAACUCCUCCGGUACCGACCGACCGCUCUUCGUACACGAACAGUACAUCGAAGUGCAAUUACCAGUCAAAGAGCACCUAUACGUACACGAGAUACACGCGCCCACCGAGAACUUAGAAGGCGACGUGCCGAACCCCGUUCCACCCGACAGCGGUCAACUAGCGAACCCGCGCGACAACAUGGGCGUCUCGGCGUACACUAUACGGUUGGUCUGCAUAUGGGGUAAACUCAUCAAGUACAUGAAUCUAGGAGGAAAGGAACGCGAAGCAGAGCCGAUGUGGUCAGCCGAUUCGACCUACAACGCCAUCAAGAAAGAGGCGAAAGAGUUCAAGGCGGCAUUGCCUGAGAUGCUCGUGUACAACCCUGAGAACCUGAAGAGCCAUGCUAUCGGCAAGACUGCGAACUCGUACUUGUAUCUUCACAUAUUAUGGCAACAGAUCAUGCUGUUCAUGCACAGAUUCGCGCUACCUUCGACCGCAGGCAGCAGGCCGCCGAAGGACAUGCCACAUGACUUCCUCACAGAGUCCGCCCGCUCCGCGCUCGACGCCGCGAACCAGAUCUCGAUACUCAUCAACGAAGCCAUGGACCACAACGUCGUCGCACCAUUCGCCGGCUACUCAGCCUUUUUCUCCUCGACCGUACAUGUCCAUGGGGUCUUCUCAAAGAACCCGAAGCUGGAAGCGCAAUCGAAGAAGUACCUGGCAUACAACGUCAAAUACCUGACGAAGAUGAAGAAGUACUGGGGCAUGUUCCACUACAUCGCAGAGAAUUUGAAGGAGCUGUACCGUCAACACGCCGACGCGCAGCUGAAGGGGCCGAAUGCGAGUGGCGAGAAGAAGAAGGGCAGCAUCUUCCAAUAUGGCGAUUGGUUCGAUCGAUACCCGCACGCAGAGUCAAAUCCGAACGAGCCAGGUACUGAUGCUGUUCUGGGGCACAAGAGUGACCUGCAGAGUGUGGAAGAGUUCUUCGCAUCGCUAUCCCCACCCUCAAAAACCGACCAACAACGCAAACAAGCGCGCAAGAACAAGUCGAAAUCCAUCUCGAAACCUGCCGAUCUCGCUUCGGCAAACCCACAGGAUCUUCCACGCUUACAACGACACAACAGCCAAUCUCAGCAAAACCAUGCCGCUCGACUGCAAGCGCAGCAGCAAAUGAACAUCAAUAUGGCCUCGCAAGACGCAAUAGACGCCGCCAUCGCCGCUGGCUACGACCCCGCUGCUCUCUUCGCCCAACAACAGCAACAACACACCUCACCCCAGCAAUUCCUCGCCGACUUCGCAGGCUCCCACCACGCGCACCAACAGCACCCUCACCACCCCUCGCUUCCACUCAUCAACACCUCACCAACGAUGAUCCACCCCUCGCACGCCCAUCAAAUGGAUCCUACGAACCUCUCGCCCUUCCCUGACCUAGCGACCGACUUCAAUAACUCUUUCUGGAACCUCGAAGCCAUGGGUCUGGGCAACAAUGCAAACAACAACAACAACUUCUUCGAUCCGAUGAGCAGUUACUUCGUGCCAUUCAAUGUAGAACCGCCACCGCAACAUAGUCUAGGCGACGAUGGAGUUUUCGCGGGCCAGGGAGCUGAGGCGUAUGGUUUUGCGCUGGGCGCGGGUACCCCUGUUGAUCUGGAUAUGAUGCAUGGUGGCGGAGGGGCGAGAAUGCAUAGGGGGAGUGUUAGUUUCACACGUCGACCAGGCUGA